AUCCAAAAUCUAAGCGGAAACCUAAAUUUAGUCUGACAAAGCAACGAUUUGACAAAUUUUCCGAUAUUAAAGACUUUGACUUGUUGACCUGUAAGCCUUGUCGUCGCUCUUGCUCAAUCUAUGGUUUAAGAAAACCCUCUGAAAUCAAAGGUACCCAGAAUCUCUCAUCAAUGGUUUAUGAGAAGAAGAAUCUCGAAGAUACAGUAGUACCCUCUUCCGUUUUGACUUAUCUUGAUCCACUUUACUGGAACGAUAGAUUUGCUAAGGAAGAAGAUUAUGAAUGGUUCAAAGAUUAUUCCCAUUUUCGUCACCUAAUUUUGGAGAAUAUUCAACCUAAUUCCUCUGUUUUGGAAUUGGGUUGUGGAAAUUCCCAAUUAAGUGAUGAAAUGUAUAAAAAUGGGAUUAAGAAUAUCACUUGCACUGAUUUAUCCCCAAUUGCUGUUGAGAAAGUGCAGAAAAGAUUGUUGUUGAAGGAAUUCAAAGAAAUAAAGGCCAUGGCUGCGGACAUGCUAGACUUGCCAUUCGCAGAUGAUUCUUUUGAUGUUGUUAUUGAGAAAGGAACAAUGGAUGUAUUGUUCGUGGACAGUGGUGAUCCGUGGAACCCAAAAGCUGAAACCAUUAGCAAGGUCAUGGCAAUGCUCCAAGUCAUCCACCGGGUAUUGAAGCCAAAUGGUAUCUACAUAUCAAUUUCGUUUGGGCAGCCACACUUUAGGCGUCCAUUAUUUGAAGCUCCUGAUUUUACAUGGUCAAUGAAGUGGAUCACUUUUGGUGAUGGAUUCCAUUAUUUCUUCUACACUCUAAAGAAGGGCACAAGAUCAUUGAAUAGUUAUCAACCUUGUGAAAGGCUAAACCUUUCAUCAAUAUGCUUGUAUCAAGAUGAAUUGGAAGGUGAAGAUUUCUUAUUCAAGACCAACAUUGAUGAACCGUAG